ACCCAAAGACGAACAUGCCCAAAGACGUUACAAUACAAAGCACGAGCACGCAUAAGGGCAGAUGAAGCCUUUAAAACAGACAUUAAAAGGGUAAGAAAAACAACAGAACAAGAGGUGGUGAACGCCCUAAUCAGGUACCAUGAAAGGAGAAUAGCUGAAAGCAAAAAAUCACUCAAGCGGCAAAAGAGACCGACAGGAACUGUGAACAAGAAAUCAACGGACAAUAAGAAUACUCAUGAGCAAAAUGUAAAAGAGAUAGCUGAAAACUUCUUUAAAAAGUUCAACGAGUUUAAAAACCUCAUGAACACAAUGUCAAAUAAAAGUGGUGAAAAGUAUGCCUGUCUACUUACUAAGUCCAACUUACAUAACAAGGGUGUACAGGAAAACAACAAACUGUCAAAAUCGGGCAGUAAAAAGCGUAAAGAACGCAAAACCUCAAAAACACAAGCUUAUAAAAGAACACAACUAGAAAGAAACAAGGGGUACAUAAAGAACUUAUACAGUCAAAACAUCACAGACCAUGAAAUAAAUUUACUCUCUAAAGGGUUAAAAUUCAUACCCACACCAUUAACAAAAAAACAGCAUAUCAGGCGUCAACUUCUUCAGGAUUUUGAGCAAUUUGCGAGAAGAAUGCGCCUGAAAUAUAUCUUUCAUGGGCAAAAUAACAAACCACAUCCUUAUCACGUAAAAUCAAACUGGAUACCACAAGUUCAACCCUCGGCUGCACUCGAAAGUUAUCUUGAAGAGGUUAAAUUACAACGGGCAGAAAUUAAACUGUCACAGCCAAAAAACAAUCUGUCAUCAAAAGAACGAGAAGCACUAAAAUCUUUAAAAAGAAACAAACAUCUUAAUGUGAAAAAAGCAGACAAAGGUUCCUGUGUCGUUAUUAUGGACACAGAAAACAAAAUAAACGAAGGUCAAAUACUACUUGACAACUCGAAACACUAUAGACCUUUAGAUGAACCGAUGGUUAAGGAAACUCAAUAUAAAGUGAAACAACUAAUACAAGAACUACAUGAAAAUAAAAACAUUGAUGACAUGACAAAAAAAUUCACAAGCCUACACCAGUAGGUAGGCCAAUAAUAUCAGGUUGUGACGGACCAACAGAAAGAAUCUCAGCAUUUCUUGAUAGGCUGUUGCAACCUAUAGCACAAAGACAGGCUUCUUAUCUUAAAGACUCUACAGACUUCAUUAAUUUCAUAGAAAGCACAGAAGUCCCAAAGCACGCGAUCAUUGUUUCAAUGGACGUGACAAGUCUAUAUACCAACAUUCCACAGGAAGAGGGGAUCAAAACUAUAUGCAAAGCAUAUGUUACUCACUACAGAGGUAA